CUGAUCUUUGGAUCUUCUUGCCUAUCCGGUCAGCGCCAGCUCCUGUGUGCCUGUCGGCUGUCGGCCAGCCACGAGCAAAAAAGCCAAGAUGAAGGUGUUUUUCCUGUACGAUGCCUUCAAUAGCAUGAGUCAGAGCGCAUACCUGCACGUCACCGCCAUAGGCCACAAGGUACGCACGCGCGGCAUGCAGUGCAGUCUGAGAACAAGGCAGUCACUUGGUUGGUUCCCUGGUCUCGCAUCGCAUUGCCUUGCCAGGUCGUCAGGACCGAGUACGUCUCGCUGAGGCACACGCUGGAUCUGCUGGCCGCCGAGCAGAAGACGGGUCGCCCCGUGGACGUAAGCAAGAUCAUAUCAUACCUUUCCUACCUCCCUUCCUCUCACACCCGGCCCACUCUCUCAAGAGAUGCAUUCAUUCAUAUAGUCUGCAAUGCUCCUGCCUGCCUGCCUUCCAAAAUAUGUUUAUUAGGUGAUGCUGUGCCCCUUCCUGACCAAGAUCGUUCCCGAGGAGCUCUACAACCACCCCCACAUCCCCUGCCUCAUCGUACACCCAGGUGGGUAGGCACGGCCGCUCACUGCAUCCGCCCACACCACACCAUCGACGUGUGUGCAGGUGUGGUGGGCGACAGAGGGGCCAGUAGCAUCGACUGGGCACUCAUGCGCGGCGAGCUCGAGUGGGGCGUGACUGUCAUGCAGGUGUGCGGGUGCGUGCAGGCUGCACCAGACAGACAGACAGACACACAGACUGACUGACACAAACGGUCCUUGCUUGAUGGGGUGUGCUCUGCGGGUGCAGGCCGCCGAGGAGGUCGACGUUGGUGAUGUGUACGCCACGACCACGGUGUCCCUGCGCCGCCCUCACGCCUUUAGCCCGCCCCUGACCAAGAGCAGCGUGUAUCGGCGCGAGGUCAAUCAGGCGGCCAUGGCAGCCAUCACCGAGGCCCUCACCAUGGUGGAGAACGGGGUCGCGCCGAUGCCGCUCGAGUGCCUGGCCCACAAGGGGACGUUCCUGCCAUGCAUGAGGCAGAAAGAGCGCAAGAUUGACUGGUCCAUGGAGGCGGCCGAGGUGGUGCGGCGCUGCAACGCCUCGGAGACGCAGCCUGGCGUCCUCGAAGUCUUCAACGGUCAGUUAGCCAGGGAGAGGAAACCGAUUGACACGUGUGUGUGUGAGUGAGAGUGUGUGUGUGCAGGCGAGAGUUACCUGUUGUAUGGCUUCUCGACUGAGUGCCUGAUGGACCUGUCGCAGUGCGCCCUCCCUCCCAAGUCGCUCAUCGGCCACCGGGAGGGUGCGGUGCUCGUCAAAUGUGGUGGCAACACGGCCAUGUGGGUGUCGCAGGCCAAGCGGCUCAACACCAAGGAAAGCAGGUUCUUCAAGGCGCCCCCCGUGAAUGUGCUCAGCAAACACAUCACCGGGUCCCUGCCCGAGCUGACGCUCGACUCGCCGCCCUCUGGCUGCCGGUGGGCAGCCUGCCCAAGACAAAGCAGGACAUCUGGGCCUGGAAACAUCGGGUGGGUAAAGACAAGACCGCCGGAGCGACGCGCGAGCAAUGGUGCGUAUGUGUGUGUGUGCAGGGGGUGUGUCAUCUUUGGUUCGACUUCUACAACGGUGCCAUGAGCACUGACCAGGGACGGCGUCUUGCGGAGGUGCUGCAGCGCGUCAAGACAGAGAGCGACGUUCGGGUGCUGGUGCUCAUGGGCGGACUCAACUUCUUCUGGUACACACACAUCGACAGACACAACACAUCUGGCUGCGCUGCCCUUGUCGUGGCUGCAGCAACGGGAUCCACCUAAAUGUCAUUGAGGCAGCCGGAGGGAUGCAGGAGCAGGCCGACGAGUCAUGGUGAGUGACUGAGGGUGUGCACCUUCCUGCACACACACACACACACACACACCACAGCUGUAGCAGAGUGUGUGUGUGUGUGUUAGGGCCAACAUCAACGCGAUAGACGAUGUGGUGCGCGAGGUGCUGCUGUGCCACGACAAACUCACCAUCUCGGCCAUGAGUGGCAACGCGGGAGCUGGUGCGCCAACCAACACACACUGAUUGAUUGAUGCACUAACUGUCACAGACAGACGACAAUGACAAUGGCCGGCCUGGUGUGCCUGCAGGUGGCGUGAUGGCAGCACUGGCAGCCGACUACGUGUGGACACACCCACGGGUCGUGCUCAACCCUUCCUACAAGGUAGGUAGGAGGGUGCGUGGCAGCCACCUUGUGUGUGCCUUGCCCAUGAGGUGUCUGUGUGUGUCUGGGUGUGUGCGUGUGUGUGCUGUGAAGGCGUUGGACCUCUACGGCAGCGAAUACUGGACCUACUCGCUGCCGAAGCGCGUGGGCCACCACCAGGCGCUGGCCAUCACCGAAGGCAGCGAGCCGAUGUCGGCCAAGCAGGCCCUCGGCCUCGGGAUGGUCGAUAGGGUCUUCGGCACGGAUCCUGACAGCUUCGUGGCGGCCGUCAUCCGCGAGGCAGAGGCGCUGGUGGAUGACCAGGCCAGUCUCGACGCACUCCUGGACACCAAGAGGGAAAUGGUGGACGCCGAUUCGUUCCGAAGCCUCCUGGCCGACCACCGCCGAAGGGAGCUGGAGAGGAUGAAGGCCUGCUUCCAGAUGCCGUCGUACCACACCAAGUCAGUGCGGUUGACACAGACAGACAGACAGACCGACAUUGGCCAGACACAAGAGUUGGUGUGUGGCAUGUGGUGUGCCUGCCAGGCGAAGGGCCUUCGUCUACAAGUCCAAGGCUGACAACCCCAUCAAGGCCAAGUGGUCGUGCCUCGCGUGAACGACGCCCCGACCGACCCACACUGGCUUGUAAUGUGCAUGUCUGUCUGCAUGUCCUUCAUGGUGUGAGCGCACGGACGAAACGUCUGGGUGCUCUGACCUACCUGACCUGGUUUGCUCGAUUUUUGCAUUCCAGUCGGUCAGUGCUAUGCUAUCGUGCAUUCCUGCUGUCUGUGUGUGUGUGUGUGUGUGUGUGUGUUGGGUUCGUCUGUACCUCCCGGCCUCUGGGGGGGAGAAUAUGUGAGUGGAUGUAUGUGCGUCUAUUCUAUGGAUGCUGAACGGCGCCUCGGGGGCGGGCGGUGGGGAAGAUCGAUGAGAUCGAUGCAUCCAUCCAUCCAUCCAGCCCAUCCCCUGCAUACCAUCCAGUACAGUACCAUUCAUUCGUACAGUGAGUGCACUCGAGGCACUAUUGAUGAGGCAGGCCUGCGCAUGCCUAUGUCUGUGAGAAUGUGACUGAUUUCUGUCCGUCUAUGUCCGUCUGUCUGUCUGUCUGUCUGUCCACUGACUGCACUGUGAGAGAAAGCGAUGCCGAUGCGAUGCGCUAGUCUGACUGUGUGUGCGAUGGAUGACCGUUCACGAGAGGGCAAACUGAGUGCUCUCUCGAUGUGACACACACACAUGGCGUGUGGCAGGCGUUGCUGUACUCACUGGUCGUGUACAAUGAAGGGACGUGCUUCAUGCAAUGUUUGAAUCAAGUGCGUGGGUGCGUGUGCUGUCUUUGCUGUGCUGUGCUGUGCUGUGGUAUGGUACCACAGACCGAGGCUUUUUUACCUUGGUCUUGGGCUUUCAUGGCCACGUGUGUGUACUGCAAACAUGAUGGGCUAAUCUUUCCGUGCACUGCCCGCAUCCAUCCAUUGCUGGGGAGAGAGAGAGAGAAAGAGAGAGAGGACAUCGAUGCUAUGGCCGUGAUUUGGAUGUGAUUUGGCCGCCCCGCUGCUGUCUUGCUGCUGUUGUGGUGGUCAGUACGUCAGAGGUAGACCAGUCUAUCAGCUUUCCAUCACGGGAUUUGCCCUCCAUGGAUGCGACAAUGAGUACGUUGGGACAUUUGCUCUGAGGAUUGGAAGCUUGAGAUCAUG